GGUGGCGUCGCGUCUUCUAUGACUGGUCAUUGGUCCGCCUCUGGUGAUAACCGUCCCAGUUGCCGGAGAAACAAUCGGGUCAGGGCUUAAUAACUCACCGGUGAUUGGUGAUGAGGACGAAAGCGGGUUCCCUGGGCCGCCUCUGCCUUUUUAGCUCUUAAGGUUAAAUUUAAAAGCCCAGGUGACUCGUGGAAGUCUGUGCUGCAUGAUGACAGCGACGGUGAAGCUGGUGAGCAGAGUCCGGCGGCUGGGCUGCGUGCUGGCCUUUUGCUUCCUGGCCCUGUUUCUCUGGGGGCUCCCUGGGGCCCGGGCCCUCGACAACGGCUUGGCGAUGACCCCUACCAUGGGCUGGCUGCACUGGGAGCGCUUCAUGUGCAACGUGAACUGCCAAGAAGAGCCGGAUUCCUGUGUCAGUGAGAAGCUCUUUCUGCAGAUAGCUGAGAUCAUGGCCUCAGAUGGCUGGAAGGAUGUAGGCUAUGAGUACCUCUGCAUUGAUGACUGUUGGAUGGCUCCCGAAAGAGAUUCAGAAGGCAGACUUCAGGCAGACCCUAAACGCUUUCCUGGUGGGAUCCGCCGCCUCGCUAAUUAUGUCCAUAGCAAAGGACUGAAGCUAGGGAUUUAUGCAGAUGUUGGAAAUAAAACCUGUGCAGGCUUCCCUGGGAGUUUUGGAUACUAUGACAUUGAUGCCAAGACCUUUGCUGACUGGGGAGUAGAUCUGCUAAAAUUUGACGGUUGUUACUGUGACAGUAUAAAACAUUUGGCAGAUGGUUAUAAGCACAUGUCCUUGGCCCUGAACAGGACUGGCAGAAGCAUUGUGUACUCCUGUGAGUGGCCCCUUUAUAUGUGGCCCAUUUUUAAGCCCAAUUACACAGAAAUCCGAGAGUACUGCAAUCACUGGAGAAAUUUUGCUGAUGUUUAUGAUUCUUGGCAAAGUAUAAGGAGUAUCUUGGACUGGACAACUUCUAACCAGGAGAGCAUUGUUCCUGUCGCAGGACCAGGAGGUUGGAAUGAUCCAGAUAUGUUGGUGAUUGGCAACUUUGGCCUCAGCCGGGAUCAGCAAAUAACUCAGAUGGCCCUCUGGGCUAUCAUGGCAGCUCCAUUACUCAUGUCCAAUGACCUCCGACACAUCUGCCUUGAAGCCAAAGCCCUUCUUCAGGAUAAGGAUGUAAUUGCCAUCAACCAGGACCCCUUGGGCAAGCAGGGGUACCGGCUUAGAAAGGAGGACAACUUUGAGGUGUGGGAACGCCCUCUCUCUAACUUAGCCUGGGCUGUGGCUAUGGUAAACCUGCAGGAGAUUGGUGGACCUCGUUCUUACACCAUCUCUGUUACUUCCCUGGGUCAAGGACUGGCCUGUAAUCCUGACUGUCUGAUCACGCAGCUCCUCCCUGUGAAGAGGAAGCUUGGGUUUUAUGAAUGGACUUCAAGUUUAAAAACUCAAGUAAAUCCCACAGGUACUGUUUUGCUUAGGCUAGAAAGAGCAAGCUAGACUGCAUUAAAAUGCUUCCUUUAAAAUGUAUUAUUUUGUUGCCAAAGUGACUACCCCACUUUUGUCCACCUUCAGCUGUUCUUAUUUCUUUGAGUAAAAGUUUCUACACUUGAGCUUUUUUGUUGUUGUUGCUGUACGCGGGCCUCUCACUGCUGUGGCCUCUCCCGUUGCCGAGCA